CGCACUUUUAGCAGUAUGGAUUUCUUUAGCCCCCAGCAUGUUCACUGAUAACUUAUUUAAGUUUCCUUUCUCUGAUGACUUACUUUACUCUUGUGAGUGAAUCAGACUGUUAACAAAACCACAGUUUUCCAGAUUUAGCUGUAUUUGUUGUAUGGGCUUCACUCAGCACAUCUGUCUUGUUUUGGGAUUCACUCCUUGGGACAUCACAGUUUUUGUGAGAUAAAUAUGACCUGAGUAAUUAUAAUUCUUGAUAUAAAUCUUGUUUAUGAAUAGCUUUUAGUUUUCAGUUUGUUUUGCAUUUUGGGACUGAAGAGACAUGUCUAAUACAUCAGUUUUCGAUAUGUGUUUCAUUCUUUCAGUAUUUUGAGGUAUUUCUUGAAGUCUCUAGUGAGCUCACUGGCAGAAUAAAAGGACGUGCAACUGUCCUACUUGACUCAGAGGGACAUUGUUUUAGUUGCAGAUAACAACCAUACACUUUGCAUCUGCUGUUUUAUCUUGGUUACCCAUGUUGCUGAACUUCAUAGAUUUAGGCAUUACCUUUUUAGCAGAUAUAGAAAUGACGUUCCUAUUUCCCAAGUUUUGUGUGUGCAGUAAGGAAUUUUUACCUUGUCCAACAGAAUUCAUAAUGGAGUUAGAAAUUACUGAUACAUUGUGCUCUCCAGGUGAAUCUACUCUAGACUUUACUCAGAAAUUUUCAGUAUGAAAUGGUCCUGUUUCAGUUCCUCGAUGGAAAAGGCAUUAAAAACUGCCCUUGGCACUAUGGAAGCACUGAGGCAAAACGGUCAUCUCCUGAGACCCUUGAGGAACUACUGGGCAAAGUGAUGGAAAUGAAGAGCUUCAACCAUCGCCUCAGCAUGGCGGCAGCUGAAUCUGACAAAGACUCUGGAUAUUCAGAUGGAAGUUCAGAGUGCCCAAGUGCUAUGGAGCAGACGGACUCUGAGGAUGUGCUGAAUACGUUGUGUUGGAAUGCAGAGGAUGGACCUUGGCAAUGCCCGAGGACCACAAGCAGCUCCUUUCCUGCACUUUCUCCUAUGGUCGUAAUGAAAAAUGUGUUAGUUAAGCAGGGGAGUUCAUCACAGCUCCAGUCUUGGACUGUGCAGCCAUCCUUUGAAGUGAUUCCAGCUCAGCCACAGCUAGUGUUUCUUCGUCCAUCAAUCCCACCUCCCAUUAAUCCUCACCCUGUUGGGAAAAAGAGAAGUGACUCCGCUAAUUAUUUGCCCAUCCUGAAUUCUUAUCCCAAAAUAGCACCACAACCCUGCAAAAGAGAUCACUCCUUUGAUCUAGAAGAAUGUCAGGAAACCACUUGCCAUAAGCGACUCUGCACGGAAGCACCCAAGAUGGAGACUUCUGUAUUGAUGAGCACAGGCUUGCCUACUAGUCCUUUUGCCCACCUACCAGUUAGCUUUAAGACCCCUCAGGAUUCUAACCAGCAAAGUUCUUCAGCUCUGGUGACAAGUGGAAAACUGUCAGCUCUUUCUGGUUUUCAUCAUGUUUCCAGUGACACUCAGAAAGUGCCAGGUUUGACUCCCCUUCUGCCUUUCGGAACUCUGCAGGCAGCAAAGUGCACCCUUCAUGAGAGUGAGGGUGCAUCACAGACUACUAUGCAGUCUGCAGUGUGGAGCCCUCCACUGAUACCAGAAGAGAUUUGCACUACCCCUGAGCUGCUCUUGCAACAACAAAGCAAAUGCAGACGCUUUCAGAAUACACUUGUUGUGCUACGCAGGUCGGGAUUGCUGGAGAUCACUUUAAAGACCAAGGAGCUCAUUCAUCAGAACCAGGUGACUCAGGCUGAGCUGGACCGGCUGAAGCACCAAACACAACUUUUCAUAGAGGCAAUAAAGAACAAUGCUCCACAGUCAUGGGCAGAGCUAGAAGCCUCUCUAACAGGGUCUGACAAAGCUGAUAGCAACCUCGAAGACCCCACAUAUCCCAACAUGUAGUAAAAAGGUGCAUAGCUGUUGGUCAACUUAUUUCUGUGCCUCCUUUUUCCUGUCUCAAACUUUUACUUGAGCAUUUUUUGAGUCCAAGACUUGCAAAGUCACGUUGCCAUUAACAAUUUGUCUUAAGAGCCAGCUGUGGGACUGGAAUAGUAUGGUGGGUUCUUGACAGAAUGGGUACUUAGUACUGCAGUGUGACUUGAACUCCAUGCUAACCCUGUAUAAUUCCUUGGACUCGAGAAGCGUGGAUGUGCUCUGCUGGCAUGUUCCCAUUCUUGCAGUGAAAAGACAGUCAUUUGCAGUAUUCUGCAAGCAUCUUCCUAUUCCCAUCUUCAGAUAGUCAGUUCUGAGAGUGCAGCAGCAGAACAGGCCCCACUGUUGGGCCAUCAUCAAUUCCAAGUAGGCAAAGGGGGUUGGUAUGAGGAGAGGAAACAAUGUUGAUGGGGUGGUAUCUUCAGGUUGUUGCUGUCUUUUCUGGUAGCAGAGAGUCUUGCUUUGGGGUUUUAAUUCAUUUGAAUUAGUGGAAAUCUGGUUGUGGUGAAGAGGCAUUCUGUAUUCAUUGCAGUCUUUGGUAAAGUGAUGAGUGUCUUAGGACCCAAGUGAAAUGGCAUGUUUUGAUGAGUAUACUUUAGAUUUUGAUCUGUGCGGUUGGAGUGAAUAAAAAUCACAAGGCUUGCACUGGAAGUGUUUGUUCCAAAGCCAUGUACAUUAAUGGUAAGAAGUGUAAAAGGAUGGUGGCUUUGCAUUUUCUCAGUAGCUGACAGAUUAAAUAUUGAUAUUAACGGCUGCAGUGAUAUGAAAAAAAAAGGACAAGGAAGAUAUUCAUUCACCAGGAUUAAUUUGACAAGACUAAUUGCAUAUUACUUGAUAUGUAUAUCUUUAAAAACCCCAUUUUUUUCUGCAAAAUCAGGUUUCUAAGUAUAAAAAAAGAGAGGUGAAAUGAGAGGAGCAUAAUGGCCUGUGUGAAGUCCUUCUCCCAUCCCCUUCCAUCUCUUUUUUUUAUUUAGAGCAAUCAGGUGCAUGUAGUAGGGGUGGGGAUGUGUCAGCUUGGAUAAACUCUCUAAAAAUUUUAUCUACCUAAGCUUGAACUUCAAAAAACCCAACAAACUCCAAAACAUUUUUUCCUCCGCAUAGAUUUGUAUCCUUCCUAGCCUGCUUGAGAUAUAGCUAACGCUACUGUGUGCGUACGAUAUUUCCCUAAGAUAUCUUGCUAGUGGAGAUCCACAGUAGUCAUGUUAGAAAAGCUGUUUUACAGAUAUUUAUUUCUUUUCAGUUUAUGUAUACACUUUACUAUGUCACUCCCUCCAGUCUGAAGGGUUUUUUCCAGAGCGGUCUGUGUAGAAAACUGAGAAUGGCUUUGUCUAAGAACAUUAAAGAAUCUGUAUCAUCUAUGAUAUAUUCCUUUCUGUGUGACAAUAGUUUCAGUUUGCCAUCUAGGUGACUGGGUAUUUUGAGGCGUUGAUUACUUCUGUGAUC